AUGUUCGGGGGAUCAUGGCUAGAAACCACCAAAAGUUACAUAACUAUCGAUGUAGUUGAUCCACAAAUUACAGUAGAAUCAUUACAAAUCGUUUUUGGGUCAUUGUACAAUGAUGAAGUCAUCCUCAAUCCCAAGGAUAUUGUUCCAGUUUUAGCAGCAGCCACAAUGUUCCAAUUGGACGGGAUAAUUGAGAAGUGUACUGAAGUUAUGAUGGAGACAAUUAAUCCUAAGAUUAAAUUAGUACCGAUUUGUAUCAGAAAAAAAAAACAAUUUUUGUGUGCGCUGCUAAAGUCAAUGUAUGUUCCUAAUUAUCUUGUGUUACUCCAGGGUUAUUUUGAAGCAAACGAUAUUCACAACAACAGAAUUGCGGGGUUCGAGGUGAAGGCAGGGGCAAAUCCGACUGUCGUUCACUGCGAGAUCCAUCACGGUCAAACGGGUGGAAUCUACGUUCACGAGAACGGUCUCGGUCAAUUCAUCGACAACAAGAUACACUCUAAUAACUUUGCGGGUGUGUGGAUUACGUCGAACAGCAAUCCAACGAUACGUAAAAAUGAGAUUUAUAACGGCCACCAGGGCGGCGUGUACAUAUUCGGCGAGGGCCGCGGUCUUAUCGAGCACAAUAACAUUUAUGGUAAUGCACUGGCCGGCAUUCAAAUUCGAACGAACAGCGACCCGAUUGUACGGCAUAAUCGGAUCCAUCACGGCCAACAUGGUGGCAUUUACGUACAUGAAAAGGGUCAGGGUUUAAUCGAAGAGAACGAAGUGUUUGCUAACACGCUUGCAGGCGUCUGGAUAACCACCGGGAGUACACCUGUUCUACGACGCAAUCGAAUCCAUUCAGGCAAACAGGUGGGUGUGUAUUUCUACGACAACGGUCACGGCAAGCUAGAAGACAACGAUAUUUUUAACCACUUGUAUUCGGGUGUACAAAUUCGUACGGGCAGUAACCCUAUCAUACGUGGCAAUAAAAUCUGGGGAGGCCAAAACGGAGGUGUUUUGGUCUACAAUGGCGGCCUAGGGCUUCUGGAACAAAACGAGAUUUUUGACAAUGCAAUGGCCGGAGUUUGGAUAAAGACCGACUCAAAUCCGACGCUUAAACGGAACAAGAUAUUCGAUGGGCGCGACGGUGGGAUCUGUAUCUUCAAUGGGGGCAAAGGUGUGCUAGAGGAGAAUGAUAUAUUCAGGAACGCUCAAGCUGGCGUCCUGAUCUCCACCCAGAGUCAUCCUAUCUUACGUCGUAACCGUAUUUUUGACGGACUGGCCGCUGGCGUUGAGAUUACUAAUAAUGCAACGGCAACACUCGAAUUUAACCAGAUUUUUAACAAUCGGUUCGGAGGUCUUUGUUUGGCCAGCGGCGUCCAACCUAUUGUGCGUGGCAACAAAAUAUUCAAUAAUCAGGAUGCGGUCGAGAAGGCGGUUGCGAAUGGCCAGUGUCUCUACAAGAUAUCGAGUUACACAUCUUUCCCCAUGCACGACUUCUACAACGUAAAGGCUAGCUACUCUUAUGGGUAA